UUUUUUUUUGUCGAAAAGCAAAGCAAGCAAAGUCAAUGAUUCUGUACCAUCGGCGCUCCUCACAACAGAACCUUCUAGGUUCUUCUGUCUCAUUCAUCUUGCUUACUGCAGUGCCCAUUAUAGGACGUGUUCUGUUCGCGGUUGACUAUUUCUUCGGGUGUGAAUGGCAAUGCUGUCGGAGUCGGGUCUUCAGGGUUCCGCCAAGGAUGCUCUGGAUCCGCAUCCGGCCGCUCUUGCGCCCCAUCAAUCGCCGACUAUAUAAACUGAAUCACUUUCGGCUUCUUCUAGACUUCCUAAUACCGCCUAGUCAUAGCCGAUUCAAAUUGAAAACACUACAAGUUAAUAUUCCACCAUGCUUACUCUGACCGUCCCUGAAAACUACGGCUCCGUCAUUGCCGUCGCUCUGGGCGCCAUCCCCGUCCUGAGCUUCGUCCAUGGCGCCGUCGUGUCUCGUCUCCGUAAGCACGCCGAUUGCCCCUACCCUCACUGCUAUGCGACCGUAGAGCAGUGCAAGACCAACCCCAAGGCUGAGCAGUUCAACUGCGCUCAGCGCGCUCAUGCCAACUUCCUUGAGAACUCCAGCCAAACUAUGCUCUUCAUCCUGGUGGCUGGAUUGAAGUACCCCCAGUUGGCAACUGGCCUUGGAAGCAUCUGGGUUCUCGGUCGCUCACUGUUCCUUUACGGAUACGUGUACUCCGGCAAGCCGCGGGGUCGCGGUCGUUUGUACGGCAGCUUCUACUUGCUUGCGCAGGGAGCUCUUUGGGGAUUGACCUCUUUUGGAGUCGCGAGGGAGUUGAUUUCCUACUUUUAAGUUUGGAUUGACCUCGUGGGUGUGAUUGGCGGUGUUGGCUAUACCAGCUAUAUGUAAUAACCUCUACUAUUGUAUAUUACUACUCAACGCGUUUACUAUGCGUACUGCUAGGGUCCGCAAUGACAAUGGCUUUCUGAUUGA